AAUGGUCGAAAAUUGUCCUCUCCGUAAAGGAAAUCCCAUCCUACAAUUUUAAAAGAAUGGAGACGUAUAGUAGCUACGAAACACCUUCCAGAAGAAAAGAAAACGAAAAUUGACGCGGAAAACAAUUUUUAAAAUUGUAGUAAGUUUAAACUCCGGUAAAUGGAGUCGAAAUGGAGACAAUGCAAAUGGAUGAUGAGAUACUUGAACUGAUUUGCUACAUACUUAACCAGUAAAUGGAAAUUUCUGAUUGAAACCGAACGAACAAAAAGAAAAACGAGAGUAGGGGAAAAAAAUUAAUAAAGUAAAUCUUCCGAUGACGUCAACACUGUUUAUUUUAAUUUCCGUUCGUUUUCUAGAAUUGGUUUUUAAGAAAGUUUCACCCUUUUUCUCACGACAAAUCAAUCGGUUCGAUUAGCGAUUUUCCCUUUCGCCAAAUCUUCAUUUAAUCAUUUCGUUUUGAUUAACGGAUUUCGAAGACUUCGAUUAAAUUAGAAUGGCAUUUGAAAUGAUUUUCAGUUUUCUUUUUCGAACAUCGAGUUGACUGAUAGUCUUCUUUCUGUAGAAAUCAAAAUAAAUAAGACUUGAUGACUUCUAAGCAGAGUAGCGGAAGUACAAAGAGAUGUGUUCGAGAUUCGACUAGUCACGUGGAACUCCAAUCAGAUAAAGUAAAAAUUGCCUUCAGUAGUAAAGAAAAGAAAGUCAUUUCAGUCAUUUCGAAUGUCGAAUAUUUUCUGCGAGUGGAAUGUCGCGUUUGUCACCGAAAAUUUAAUCCGAAUCGUUUGGACGUUCACGUGGCCAUCUGUGAGAAAGUAUUUAAUAAGAAUCGUCCGGUUUUCGACUCCAGAAAACAUAGACUUAAAGGCACUCCUUUACAAGCUUAUCUGCCGUUAAUUUUGAGGAGAUUAAGAGAGCCCAAAAUGCAGUAUACUCAAUGGAGACAGAAGCACGAGGAAUUCAUUCGUGCCAUGAGAGAAGGAAGACGAGUUCAGUCGUAUAUAUCCAGGGGAUACGAUUUGUCUAAGUUGCCUCCUCCCACACCAUCACUUAAUCCAUAUUACAUUCGUUGUUGUUACUGUUUACGUAGAUUUGCGCCUAAGGUGGCGGAAAGGCAUAUUCCUAAAUGCCAGUAUAUCGAAUGUAAUAAACCGCAUCUCAAAGAACCUAAGACCAAUCGGGAACCGGAUUUGUCUAAAAGUCGUACAAAACGUGAUCCAUCCCCAUCUAAAAAGCCAACCAGACGUAACAUGGUUCAUUCUAAGAAAUCCAGCAUAGGGUGUCCUUGUAAAUGUUUAUCUAAAUGUUGUAAACGACUGCGUAAAAAGUCGGACGAGUUACUGAAGAUUGCGGAUGAUUUUAAUUCAUUACUGUCGACAUCUACCAGCGAAACCGUAAUUUAUAGAGACACAGACUUCAUCCCAUUUUGCUUCUGUGCAAGUAGCGUCGCUUCUAACAAAGAUUUCCAUCGGAAUCGAGAAAUUAGUGAAAUAAAAUAUUUACAUUGCACUCAAACUUCUCAUCUGCUAGAUUAUGAUAAAAAUCUGCAACAAACCGAAAAUAUCGAACGUUCGUUUCUUUCGAAAAGGCAAAACGACAAUUGUCAGUUUCGUCCACAAAGAAAUUCUACGAUGAUAACGCAUACAAAGCCUAUUAAAUCGCGUAGUAAGAUACUUCUCCUCACAAACGGCGACAGAAUACAACGAGAUAUAUUAAUUAAAUAUUGUGAUUACAAGUGCAAAUCUUCCCCGGAGCAGCAGUCACAAAUGGAUUUUACUGGAAAACCACACGAGAACGAAGCGACAAAUUCAGAUUUUGGAUCGUCGUCCGUUCAGGGUGAUAAAUCAGAAAUGUCGUCGGUCCGUCAUCGUCCGGCACAAUUUAACUGCGAAAGAGAAAAGGCGAAGUUGUCUUCUAUACCGCCCAUUUCCAGAAUGCAGACUGCGGAUACGGAGUAUUAUUUAAGGUCGUAGGCAAAAUGGAAGUUUUGAGCGUCGAGAGAGGCAAGAUUUUCCAGACCGAUGUUUUUUCCCUAUCUCUUUUUAAUAAAGAGCUUUUAUUCGACUCGAUCCCGCUUCACAAAUGACUUUCAAUGGCUUAGACACGUUCAAUUAACUAUAGUUGCGAUGCUGUCAGUGCGAUUGGCUACACUGUCAUUCUUCCACUCGAAAUUCGCUCCGAUUGUCCACUUGGAAGCACACUCGCAUCUUUCUUGAUCUUCCGUACCUAAUCUGUCUGUCGGAACGAUUGUGCAGGAAAAACGUCAAACUUUUUCCCCUCUUAUCUAGCAUCUAGUAAAUAACUCCUCCAUCUCGAUAUUCCGUGCCAAACCCGCUACUUUCUAAAUCGACUUGGCGUGGACCAAACGGAUUUGUCAUUGACAAUUCUCCGGAAUUUUCUCCCUUCCGCAAAUUCCGUAUUCUUUCCCUUCACCUACCGAUGUUAAGAGGAAUGGGGGGAAUAAAAUAAGAUUCAGUUCUGUACCGUAACCAAAACGAUUCGGUACCGGCGUGUGGCGGGUGAGCAUAUUGCCACCCUACACGCGAGAUACCACUUAGGAGGUGGGUUUAGGCCGAGAACACGUGGACAUUCACAUGCAUCUAUUUUAUUGGUACCCGUCUAUUUUAUUUUAAAUCGGCGCGUGUUUACUAAAUUAGAGGUUAAUUUGUUUUAUAAGAUAAUCUGCAUAUUUCUGUCUCCGUGUAAAAUCGCUAGCGAUAUGGGAGGCGCGGUCAAAUGGUGUUUGCCUCUAAAUUAGUUGUAGUAAAUCAUAUUAUCUAUUUUCUCCACCCCGUGUCUCCUUGACGAUCCCAAUACCUUAUAAAUCUUGUCGCCCGUGGGAACUUUACCAGAUAUUUCACUGUCUACUUACACGAGAGGAAUAUCUCGUGUCCUUUCGUGAUGUGUGUAUUUUGCAUGACAUAAUAACUAGACUCGGGCGGAUACGGCUCUAUCCGCACAACUUGAAUAAUAAUAGAAACGGUGCUAUGUGUUCCGCAAAUUAAAUUAUAUUCGUAUUAAUUCAAUCGUAACCUACUCGAGAAUUCAAUAACAAGCAAAUUAGUUACGGUUGCCGACAUCCGACAAAUGACACCGAGAGAUGACACUCUGCACCGAUAAUUAUAUAAAGAAAAUUAGUUUGAAAAUUAUAAUUAUACCGGCGAACGAAAAUGAAAGAAAAAUACAAUAAUUUCCAUUUAGGAACUAGUUCUUUUGAUGGCCAACUCUCGGGGAUUUGUCGGAGGAAGACAGACAAAUUCCUAGCGAAGCACAACGUAAUUUACACCUUUUCCGUUCGGGCGUUAAUGGAUUGAAGGGACCUAAAUCGACAAAACGUCUGCAGCCCGGUAAUGAUUUUUGAAUUCUCGGGUGAUUAUAAAAAACCAAAUAUUGUACUUAAUUAGCGGAGAGUGCACACGAUGAGAUGUCUACUUUGGCUUUAACACUUUGCUUGUGCGUGAGUCAACAGGUGAGUCAUCUCUUGAACUGACUGGCUCGGAGCCAGGCGCCGGUUCUGUCGAUUCCAGUUGACAGGAAUAUAUUAAAUCACACAGUCAAUAAACUGGCAAAAAGGCGACAUGUUGUCGGCGAGUAGAAUCUGUUCAACGAUGUAAAAAUGAGUCCACUCGCUUUUAAGUAAGUUUGAUAGAAGAACUCGCUUCCGAAUAGGAAAUCGUCCAAUAUUUUCAAAUAUUAUAACAGGUGUUGUUUGUUUAUCUGUUGCUGGAUAAUUCGCCAAACUUCUACAUUCUGUCAUAACCAAAAUUUGCAUUUAUACUACUUUGAUUAAU